GUUAGUUUCACCAAGAAAUAUGGACCCGAGAGAAGUCUGAAUCAGUGAUUUUAAAGAGAACAAAGCUCGAAGAAGCCAUCGAAGGUCUAAGAGACCUAUCAAAGAGAGUUCUCUUGACUUAAACCAGACAUCGACACAAUUUUGGAACAAAAAUCCAAUCAAUAAUAAUCGACUUGAAAAUGGGAGAGUAACAACACUGAGCCCUUCUCCAGUCUCAUUUAAAUGCAAGAAGAAGUUUAAUAAGAUAAAGCUAAGAAUGCAUGGAGCGAAAGAACAAGAAGCUUGACAUUUUGGAACGAGAAAUCCAGUAUCCCCGAGAAUUCAUAAUUUGAAUCUAGCAGCUUUUGAACAUAAGAAGAAAUCAGGGAAUUUUAAGUUAACGCGCAAGAUGAGGCAAACUCCUUUUACUGCACUUAAGACUAGGAUCAAGUCAUUGUCUCCUAAUUUGAGAAAAGCUGUGCAUCUAGCUCUAAGCCACUCUACUGAAACUAAGAGAAAAGCGAAGAAAUGAAUCAAGAAAAAGAAGAUAGUGGCUUACAACAACUGGGCUUCUGAUAAAUUAAUUCCACUCGAACAUAAUAUGAGUAAUGUUCUUGGAUAUAUGAGGAGCAAAUUUGAAUCCUUUCAUUCCAAAAUAACAAGCCUGAAAUCAAGCCCAGGGCUCUGUCAGUCUUCUUACAUGCUGAAUCAGAAGUUAGAGGAGUUAAGAUCAAGUAAGGAAAAGUCUUCCGAUGAACUUCAAAUAUCAAGAGAGAUGAACAUCAAUUUCUAGGAGACGCCAGUUCAGAUCAUCAGGACUUGAUCAGCUGUAUUAUUACUCUAAU